CGAUGCGCAGGGCGCAGGCGCGGGCCGGAGCCGGGCCCGGCAGCGGCGCAGGCGCGGCGGUGGCCGCGGGAUCCCAGCAGGCUCGGUGCGGCGGGGCGCGGUGCGGGCCCAGCAUGUCGGAGAAGAAGCAGCCGGUGGACCUGGGGCUCCUGGAGGAGGACGACGAGUUUGAGGAGUUCCCGGCUGAAGAUUGGACUGGUUUAGAUGAAGAUGAAGAUGCACAUGUCUGGGAAGACAACUGGGAUGAUGACAAUGUAGAAGAUGAUUUUUCCAAUCAGUUAAGAGCUGAAUUAGAAAAACAUGGAUACAAGAUGGAAACGUCAUAGCUUUUGCAGAAUAUGGAGUGGUUUAACACUGAACUGUGGAUAGACUUUAUUGAGAAAAGAAGAUGGAAAUUGAGAAGACACACUUAGUUCAUUAUCUGCUUGGAUUUAUUAUUGUUUUGUAUAAAAAAUAAAGUUUUUAAUCUUA